AUGCUGUCUGACUUAGAAGCUGAUUUUAUAAACCCAUAUGAUGCUUCAUCAAGGAUUAAUUACAUCAUCGUUCCCGAGUUUAUUGGGCAGGGAUUAUUGUGCGCUUUCUGCCUUUUAACAGGUCACUGGAUCAUGUUUCUGAUGACGAUUCCGGUUACAUGCUAUCAUGUGAUGCUGUACAUGAAACAACAGCAUCUCAUUGAUGUUACUGAAGUGUUUCAAGCACUUGACUCUGAGAAGAAAUUUCGCAUAGCCAAACUUGCUUAUUACUUAACAAUCAUCAUCAUAACUGUCUUCAGGGACAUACAUGAUAUGGACGUCCUUCCUAUUGGCCUCUCCACAAUACCAAACCUUGAUCCAGGCUAUCCAGUCCUCUCUGCUUACAUAUCUCCAUUAUCUUGUCUCUAA